CUUGCCCAAUUUGAGAAGCCGUUACAUGUUGGACCAUACGAAGACACAAAAGAUGAACCCCGCAACUCUCUAUUUGGUGGUGCGUAAGUGUCGUUAAUUAAUUAAAUGAAGGCACAACGCUGGGACAACCUUUUGUCCCGAGCCGGACAGAGACACACUCACACUCUCUCUCUGCAGCAUUAUCUCUAUUCACAACCAAAGCUCUCUGAAUUUCUAAGGUCUUGGUCCUCUAGCCCUUCUGAGCUUCGAUGAUAUAUGAAGGUUCCGGCCAGCUCUCAUGCGUCCUGAAUUGCACAAAUUCAUCAGUGAUUCACCGGAUUGCUGUCCUGAGUAAUUAAAUUAGUUCGAUGGUUCCGGUGUGUAUCGCGGCUCUUCAGUUCAGUUUGUAUAGAUCCGCUUCUUGUGGGCAUGGUUGUUGAUUGAGGCUAGGAGAAGUCAACUAACUAAGCUGCAAGGAAAUGGCACUGGCUUCAACUCCUAAAGUGGUUCUUGGCUCCAUAGCGUUUGCCAUCUUCUGGGUCCUCGCGGUUUUCCCGUCCGUCCCGUUCCUCCCGGUUGGGCGGACUGCAGGUUCUCUUCUCGGGGCCAUGCUGAUGGUCAUCUUCCGAGUCUUAACUCCAGAGCAAGCCUAUGCAUCAAUUGACCUCCAGAUCCUCGGCCUCCUCUUCGGAACAAUGGUUGUUAGCAUCUACCUCGAGAGGGCGGACUUGUUCCAGCACUUAGGGAAGUUACUUUCUUGGAGAAGCAAAGGAGCCAAGGACCUGCUCAGUCGGGUUUGCUUGAUAUCUGCGAUUUCGAGCGCUCUCUUCACAAACGAUACCUCCUGCGUUGUCUUAACCGAGUUCGUCCUUAAGAUUGCCCGACAGCACAAUCUGCCUCCUCGCCCGUUUUUACUAGCCCUGGCCUCCAGCGCGAAUAUUGGGUCUUCAGCAACUCCGAUUGGAAACCCCCAGAAUCUUGUGAUAGCCAUCCAGAGUAAGAUCUCGUUUGGGAAUUUCCUCCUUGGCCUUUUCCCAGCGAUGCUUGUGGGAGUUGUAGUUAAUGCGGUGAUACUUUUGGGCAUGUAUUGGAGGGUGCUGUCAGUUCCCAAGGACGAGGAGGAUGUGCCCAUGGAAGUCGUGUCCGAGGAAGAUGUGACUUCUCAUCGGUUUUCACCAGCUAGAAUGUCCCACUUCCCGUCCCAAGAGUCGAACAGGAGAUUGAAUUCAUCUCCUACAAGCAUUCAAAGCUCUCCCAAGGCCAAUGGAAGUCCGGUGAAUCUCGAGACGCUUAGGAACCGGCUGGUUUCAAGCGAGAACGAGAUCCAGAGGGCCUCAUCGAACAACGGACUGAAUGAAGACGACAUUGUCACUACCUCAAAAGGUGUCCUGUCUGUGGAAAUGAGAUCCAACGAUGGAAAGGAAACUCCUUCCGCGAAAUGGAAGAGGCUGGUGUGGAAAUCUUGCGUUUACCUUGUCACGGUUGGGAUGCUGAUCUCGUUGCUGAUGGGUCUCAACAUGUCCUGGACAGCGAUCACCGCUGCGCUUGCCCUUGUAGUCCUUGACUUUAAGGAUGCCGGGGCCUGCCUUGAGAAGGUAAAACGAAUUAUGAGCGUAACAAAGUCUCUCGACUUUUUGGCUAAGAUCUAUCUUCUUCUGGUUCAGGUCUCGUACUCGUUGCUGAUCUUCUUCUGCGGGAUGUUCAUCACGGUUGAUGGUUUCAAUAAGACUGGUAUCCCGAGCACGUUGUGGAACCUCAUGGAGCCAUACUCGAAGAUUGACCGUCCGAGCGGAAUCGCAGUUCUUGCCAUAGUUAUUCUGGUUCUCUCAAACUUGGCUUCCAACGUACCAACAGUCCUGCUGCUCGGAGGGCGUGUGGCUGCAUCAGCGGCUGCAAUUUCAUCAGCCGAAGAGAAGAAGUCGUGGCUGAUCUUGGCCUGGGUGAGCACAGUGGCGGGGAAUCUCUCCCUGCUCGGGUCGGCAGCGAACUUGAUCGUGUGUGAGCAGGCUCGGCGGGCCCCAGGCCUGGGGUAUACCCUGUCCUUCUGGGGCCACCUCAAAUUUGGAGUUCCAUCCACCAUUAUAGUCACCGCCAUUGGACUGACUCUCAUUAGAUGAUAAUGAAACCAUCUCAUGUUUGGGAUUGCAUUCACUGUAAUUAAUUAUAGAUAUCAACACCAAACUCAGAGUCAAAUCGAAAAUGCUUGGGCUGUCGUCUUUCGUAGUUUUUUCCUUUAUUAUAUAAAGAUCAUUGUCGCUUUCAGUC